AUAUUAAAACAAAUGAAAUAAAAAAAAUUUAAAAAAGAUAGCACCGGCGUUUCUGCCUGCUCUGCCAACUUCUCGCUUGAAGAUCAGUCGUUUUCUCUUGUCAAAUGUCUUCACCUGUUGAAAUGCACUCCGAGCGCCCGCUCUUUGGCGGCGCCAUCUCUUCUUCUUUCCCAAGCCGCCUCCAGGACGUUAGUAAUGUACGCCAAGUUCCCGAUCAUCAGGAGGUGUUUGUAGACCCUGCCCGGGAUGAGAGUUUGAUUUUCGAGCUUCUGGAUUUCAAACCGGAUGUGGCUGAUGAUGCAAGCGCUACUUGGUUUCUUCAGGACCUUGCUAAUGAGCAAGAAGCCGAAGGAGGCACGGUACUGCCUUGUUUUUAAAUCAACCGUAGUUGUUAAUUAUUCUGUAGGUUUUCUUACGUCUAUGAGAUGUUUUCAGCUAAUUAGCUCCUUAGUUUUGAGUUGCGUCUGCUUGUUUGAUUGAAAUGAAUCAUCAAAGGAUAAAAUUUCAUCUGUAUUUGGUGUUUACUCAGAAAAUGAUUUUUAUUGCUUUGAUGGUAAAAAUAUUUGAUUAGUUUAGAAAAACUAUAAAUGUGGACAGUGUUUGUAAAAAUUUGAUGCUAAUAAUUGAUUAAAUGUUUUAGAAUAUU